AUUUCCUUUUAGUCCAUCGCUUGUCUUUCGAAGGCUGCACACUGUUAGCAGUUUUAUAUUGGUUUUGGUCCAGUAAUUUCAAACAAACAACAUGGAACAGAUCAAGAAGAAGAUGGCCGUUCUUCGUGAAAGUCUUGCCGAGGCAGAAGGUCGGGCUGACAAGGCAGAAGCAGAAUUGAAAGAGGCAAAUGAAAGAGCGUCAAACGCUGAAACAGAAGUUUCUUCCUUGACCAAAGAGUUGCAGCAAAUCGAAGAUGAACUUGACGCUGCAGAAUCCCGCUUAGGUUCGAUAACAGAACAACUGAAAACAGCAGAGGCCCAGGCAGAUGAAAGUGAAAGAGUAAGGAAGGUCCUGGAGAACAGGGGAAUGGCUGAUGAGGAACGAUCCUCCCAGUUUGAAGCCAAGCUGGCAGAGGAGCGUGACCGAGCUGAAAGAGCUGAGCAAGAAUAUGAAGAGAUUGCUAAUAAGAUCGCUGCGCUUGAAGUGGAAUUGGAGGAAACAGAAAGUAGGGCUGAGGAGGCAGAAGAACAAGUGAAAACUCUUGAGGAAGAAGUUACUUUGGUUGGAAACAAUUUGCGAAGUUUAGAGGUCAGCGAAGGAGAAGCAACCAGACGAGAAUUGGACUAUGACGGCAAAAUUAAGAAACUGGAAAAAGAGUACACAGAAGCUGAAGAGAGAGCAAAUGAAGCUGAAACAAGGGUUACAGAACUCGAGAAAGAGAUUGGUCGCUUGGAAGAGGAUUUGGAGGGUGCUAAGUCAGAUUAUGCAAAAGUCAAGGAAGAACUUGAUUCUACCAUGCAGGAGUUGAACGAAAUGUGAGAUGAGAACCGGUUGGCUGUGUACUUUCAAUGACAAAGUUCCUUUGUUGGCUUUAAAUUGUGUAAAUUAGGAGUCAUGGAUAAACAGGAUAGCUUGAUUUUAUUUUAUAGAUAAGACUUUUUUUUAAUUUAAGUGUAGGUAUUUUUCCUUAUUAAAUGAAGUAAAAGAAAUCUCCUAAAUGGUGAUCAUUUUCCUCCGCACUUGUGGUUAGUGUACUUCAAAUUAUGAGUUAUGUGUAUUUUUCUUUUUAGUUGUAAUGCAUUAACUUAUUGCAUCACAGUAACUAUUUGUCAUCAUUUAAACCCUUUAAAUAUGCCUGGCCAUACUAUUUUUCAAGUCUUCUAUUUGCAGUUAAAAACUGUGGGUUAGAGUCACCAAAAAUGGUGUGACACUGGCAUAAGCUGCCGUGACACUACACACACCGUGACACUAAACACACUUCAUAUGAUCCAUCAUGAGCAGUUGCAAACUAUAGCCUGCUCUGUGUAUUUCCCUGUAAUGGUUCCCAUCUACUGCUGUGUUCGCUUAAAGAUCAAUUUGAAAGCUAUUUCCAACAGUUCAUUUGCUGUUGAUCAAAUUCUUCAUGUAACCUAGCCACAAUUUUUCAGUCUUGUCCUCCAAGUUCUGUUGUUUCGUUAACCAUCACAGACCAAUCAAAUUAUUAUUAUAGCAAGUAAUAGUGUGAAAUUUUAGGGAAAUAAAACCUGUUUUACCAUU